CUGAGGAACGGGAGUGCCCCACUCACACUCCCUUUACACUUACGUACAUCAGCGGAUCUCCCAGGAAGGACAAAUUAACUGGACACAGUCGAUGGAAACGUGUGUGUGAUGUAAAAACCCGGUCCGGACGCGUCGGUUCAUUGCACUUAUCGGAAAACUAUGGCUGUUUCUAAAGACUGACGAUUUGGGACACUACUCUUUUUACUUUUCCGUUCAUCCAAACCGGCCAGUCAUUCAUUCAUUCAUUCAAUCAUUUAUAAGCUGCUGCAUCCUGUUUGUAGACUAUAUAAACCCAUCCCCUCCAUUGGUGUAUGUUUCUGAGACCUGCGGUGAGGAUGGAUACCCGGCUAUCUUUCCCCAGGUACCCGCUGCUGGUGCUGCUCUGCACGGUCGCUGCUCUGUCAGGGAUCCGGAGCCCAGUGGCUUCUGCUGGGAGGAGCUGCGCCGACACCCGGCAGGUGUACGCGGAGAAGGGGUACGGCACAGACAUCGCUCCGCUGACUCAGAUCUCCGGUGAGCACCUGCGGCUCUGUCCUCAGGACUACACCUGCUGCUCCAGUCAGAUGGAGGAGACGCUGGCGCUUCAGAGUGAUAGGGACUUCCUCAGAGCCGUUGAAGACAACAGCCAGUUCCUUCUGACCACCUUCACCCAGAGACACCGCAGAUUUGAUGAGUUCUUCAGAGAGCUUAUAGACCUGUCAGAGAAGUCUAUGAAUCAGAUGUUUACCAAGACCUACGGCCGUCUCUUCACCCAGAAUGCACACGUCUUCCAGGAGCUGUUUGUGGAGCUCCGCAGAUAUUAUUCUGGGGGCAGUGUAAGUCUGACAGAGGUUCUGUCAGACUUCUGGUCCAGACUGGUGGAGCGGGUCUUCUCACUCGUCAACCCCCAGUAUCAGUUCAGUGAGGAUUACCUGGAGUGUGUCAGCAAACACGCCGAACAGCUGCAGCCAUUUGGAGAUGUGCCCCGCAAACUACGCGUACAAGUGUCCAGGGCUUUCAUUGCUGCCAGAGCACUGUCUCAGGGCUUGGCUACUGGUCGGGAUAUUGUUAACAAAGCAACAAAGUUGACUGCAGACUCAGAGUGUGUGCGUGGCCUGAUGCGUCAGUGGUACUGCCCACUGUGUCGAGGCAUGCCCUCCCUGCGGCCCUGCCACUCCCUGUGCCUUAACGUGAUGAAGGGCUGCUUAGCCAAUCAGGCCGACCUGGACACCGAAUGGAACAAUUUCAUUGAUGCUCUGUACCAGGUUUCAGAGAAGUUGGAGGGACCAUUCAACAUGGAGCUUGCAGCUGACUCCAUCUCCGUGAAAGUGUCGGAGGCCAUCAUGCACAUGCAGGAAAACAGUGUCACCAUCUCCACUAAGGUGUUCCAGGGCUGUGGAAGCCCCAGGCCUGCUCCAGGUCGGUCUAAACGCUCACCGAAAGAGUCGGGGGGAAACAGGAGGCCUUUCCGCACCUACAGCCCUGAAGAGAAACCCACCACUGCUGCAGGCACCAACCUGGACCGACUGGUUACCGAGCUGAAGGAGCGACUGCGGCCUAUGCGGGGCUUCUGGGUGUCCCUCCCACACACCAUCUGCAACGAUGAGAAGAUGGCUGCCGACGUCACUAAUGAGGACCGCUGCUGGAAUGGGCAGACCCGGGGGAGGUACCUCCCAGACGUGACAGGUGACGGGCUGGUCAGCCAGAUCAACAACCCUGAGGUAGAGGUGGAUAUUGCCAGGCCAGAUGUGAGGACCAGACAGCUGAUCAUGGAGCUGAGGGUGGUGACCAACAAACUGAGACAUGCUCAGAGCGGACAAGACAUGGACUUCAUGGACAGUGAGGAGGGCAGUGGCUCAGGGGGUGGAGAUCAUGGUGAAAGGUACAAUGAUGAUUGGCCAGGCUAUGGGCCUUACUCUCCCCCAUACAAGCCCCCUCGUAACCCGGUCUCCAACCCUGCAAAGCCUCCUCGAGUCCGAGACAGAAACGGGUCCAAGUGGAACAGAAACAACGGCCAUGGACGGGUUCGAUCUGCAUCCAGUGGGCUUACCUUCUCCCUGGUUUCUUUGUUGUCUUUGCCUUUCAUGGUCACUGUUGCCCCCAUGUGGAGAUAGCUGGUUAUUACAGUCUGGUUGUGGAGGUUUUCUGUCUUGCUCAAGUCUUAAGCACAUUAUGAAGAAAAACAAAGUCAUUCCAUUUGGUUACACCAGCAGAAACAAAAUGACAAAACAGGCUAAUUUAGCAAUAAUCAGAAAUCUGUUUACAGCACAAAACAAAUUAAGUGAAUAUUUUUCCUACUGUACAAGCCUCAAAAGAGGCAUCACCAGACAUUGAUGACGACUAACAAUAUUUAAUUAAUGGGUACUGCCCUUUUUUUAGUGCCAUUUGUGAGAUGUAUUUCAAUCUUGACGCUGGAGCACAUUCGAGAAAGGGGAACAAAAGUGCUGCAGCAGAAAAAGAAUUAGCAACAUGUUUGGGUGAUGGAGCUGAUGGUCUCAUGGUUUGGCGUUCUGUGAGAUGGAGAUUAGUUGUGCCAGUUAAUUACUGUGUAGUUUCGGUGAGCAGCUGAUAUGAUCUGAGUGCAUUUAUUUGCUGCCAUUCUCAUGAAUUUAGGUUGAUUAAUAUAAUUGAUUUGAUUUCAGUCAUGGGUGUGGUUCAUUUAGUUCAUUUUUUUUAAUCUUGUGGAAGUCGUGAGAUGUAAUUUAAUCGCUUAACUGAACCUCCUAUUUUGGCUUAGGAAUUAAAAAAAGUCACAGAUGACUCUUGAAACCAAACAAGCGGCUUAUUUUGAAUGUACCUAAAAGCUCAAAUUAAUUUGGGUUGCUUGUGAUGAAAAGGGGUUAAUUAAUGUAAUAUAUUGGUGUUUUUAAUUUAUUUGUAAUAUUAUAUUUCUUUUUUCUCAUUAUUAUGAUUUUUAAGGCAAAGGUUGGAUGUUUUUAUCUUUGAAAAGUUUGUUGUCUUUAACUUCCUCUGGUGAAAAAAGAAAAAGGGAAAAUCCAGCUCUAUUUGAUCAAUCACAACUAGACACUUAAUUAUCAUAUGAAAUUUGGCCACAAGACCAGCUAUCAUUUUUUUAAUCUUAACCAGAGAUUGUUGAGGAACAACAUGUGUGAGUGUGUGUGUGUGUGUGUGUGUGUGUGUGUGUGUGUGUGUGUUUGUAUGGUGGUUUUAUAUUGUUUGUUGUUAUAUGUCCUGGUUUCAAUUUAUAGUUCUGGGGUAAUGCUGAGAAGAUAUUGGGAUGUUUCAUAGUGUGCUUUUCUACUUAUUUUUCCUAAAAGCAACAAAAGAUGAUGAAAACACUGAGUGAGCUGUUGAUGUGACGCAAAAUUAGACUGAAUGUUGACGGAAAGACAAAAUCUGUCAAGAUGUGUGGCUUCUAAUUUUCAUAUGCUGAAUGUGUUUUGACAAAGAUAAAAUCAAAGAUUUUUCAUGAAGAUAAAAAAAUUUGUUGGUGAAGAGUUGGUCAUCGAUGUACAGCAACGAACAUGAGGGUGAGCUUGAAGUAAUAGUUCGACAUUUUGGGAAAUACUCUUAUUAGCUUUCUUGCCGAGAGUUAGAUGAGAAGAUCUACUCUCAUGUCUGUAUGCCAAACAUGAAGCUACUGCCAGCAGCUGGUUAGCUUAGCUUAGCACAAAGGCUGCAGAUGGGGAAAUCUGCCUACCAGUACCUUUUUUAUUUUUAUUUUUAGUUUACAAACAAACUUAUCUCAUGUCAUACAUACAAAAAGUGUAAAAACCACAAAUUGUGUUUUUAUAGCAGUUUGUGCACCAGUCUUUCCUGGUUGGGAGCAACCAGCUAGCCCAGCACAUAACCCCCGUAAAAUUGAGAAAUUCUGUUUUUAGUUUAUGCUUUUAAUUUUUUAAGUGUGUGUUAAGCAAACGGGGUACAAUGUGUUAAGUAAUUAGUGAGCUUUAGAAGUGCUAGUAGGUAGAUUUUGUUACAUUUUCCGUUUUUCUGCUGCAUUUCCAGUCUUUGUGCUAAGCUAAGCUAGCUAGCGGCACGUCCAACUUUAGUUUAAAAAAAAAAAAAAGAAAAAAAAAAAAGCAAACAAGGUUAUUUCUCAAAAUGUUAAACAAUUUUAAAUAUGAAAUUCAAUUGAUAGGAUCCCAAAAGCGAACACAGACAGAGAUGGAGAAUAUAAAAAGAAUGUAUCGAUGCUGUAAAAGGACACUUUUCCGUUGAGUGGGGAAAUUGUGAAAUCCAGUUGGUUGUAACAGAAGUUCACUUGUAGUCAAAUGGGCUAUAGCACCUGUACAAAUGCAAAAAAUAGCAAGAGAAGGGUUUCAUUCUAAAACAUAUCCAUUUCGGUCAAAAAUAUGAGCUUUUCAUCACUCAUUAUAUGACAAAGAUGAUCCCAUCCUCUAAAAUGUCACUCCUCUGUAAAUAAUAGGUGAAAUAUUACUGUUGACAAACGAUCAAAGGUGGAUGUCUUAUUUUGGAAUGAAACUCUUUCAAGACAGUAGCGACCACGUACAAGACUUCACCACAAACACAGUAUUAUGUUGCACAACUACAAAUGAAAAAAAGUGUUUCACAGUAUUUCAAAAGCAACAGUAUUUUAAUUGUAUGUGCUUUCGAUGAUCAGCAGUCAGAUAAGGAUGUGGUGGCUGCAAUAUUUCCAUUCAAUUUCAGGUAAAUUGUUCUUUAGUUUUACCUCUCAUCCAUUCCCACUACUCGCACAUUCUUUCAUGGUGAAAGUAUAACACAACUUUUUUUCAUGUUGUCGUAACAAUUUUUUGGUAUCAAACAAGUGAUAUUUUCUGCUUCAUUAAAAAAAAACGAAGAAAAAUA